AUGGCCGGUUCGAUUCAAGAGAUUCAGCCCGAAGCAGAACCUGUUCGAGAACCAUUUUCGGCUCCCGCUCUAGUCGAUGGCGUCCUAGGUGAUAGCCAGGAUAAUGAUACUCACACCCAGAUUUCAGAGAAAAUCCUUGCUAUCCUCGAGCCAUACCUCCUCACUAAGUCAGUUGAGGCGCAUAAUCGCUCGGACCUAGGCGCUACUAAAUUCAUCUCUGUGAUCCGCAACUUCAUCAGUAAGGGGCAAGCGGUGCAGAUGUGUCUGCCCGCUUUCCCAUGGAAGUCCGCCAACAAGGUCUACAAGGUGCUCGGCACACUGCCCGACAAAGCCGAAGAGUUGUCCCUGAAACGCUUGAACGGCAUAUGCGAGGCUAUCAGUGGCGUGUAUAAACCUGGGGCAGAGCUGCUUAUUGUUUCGGAUGGGCUCGUUUACAAUGAUCUCUUCACUAUCCCAGACCGCGACGUUUGGGCAUACGGUGAAGCUCUGCGCGCCCUUGCCAUUGAGAGCGGUUGUACCCACAUCCGCUUCACUCGUCUCAAAGACCUUGUCGACAUCCCGGGACUCCCAGACAAGCUCGAAGAAAUCACAUACGUAGCCAAUGCCUUGAACUUCCGACGGGCGCUGCUAAAUCAGUUCGGUAACCCGAACCUUGAUGUGACCAAGGAAAUAGCUGAGAAGGAUGACACAAGGUUGACAUACUGUGGCUAUACGCGCUUCCUGAAGAACGAUCUCCGGUACAUCUUCCCCAUAGGCGAGAAUAGGAGCAGUCGCAAGUAUCUCAAGGAUGUCAAGUACGUGGCGAAGCAGAUGAUCUACCGCGGAUCUGCUUUUGGGGCGGCACUUGAACGGAAUUUCCCAGACUACCUCCGCCUCAGCAUCCACCAGUCCACGGGUGAACACAAAAUCUCCAUCAGCUUGUUGGCGACAAGCACUUCUUAUACCACCCCAUGGCACUGUAGCGUGGCAUUUCUGGCAGAUGGAACCCUCACCAGCGGACCAAAGGGCGACUUCGAGAGCAAUCCUAAGUUUGAACUUGUCUGCGAUAAAGACGGGAGGCCGAGUUAUUUCAGAGAAAGAGAGACAGGGGCUGUGAAUGAUGACGAUUAUUAG